AAAACACACCAAUGUUGCGAACGGAUAUGGCAGACGAGCAAAAUGAUUUCGAACAUAUCAUCGCUCAAUUCUCUAACUCUUGACGGGACUGGAUGAGUUGUAGAGCCGCUGUGAGCGUCUUUUUUAUCCUUUCUUGCCGAGCCGACUCCCCCUACCUCCUCCUCCACUUGCAGAAUUGUAUAAAGAACAAAAAUCGGUCUGGGGAGGGGGGGUUGAUACGCCGGAGCUGAAAUCGAGAGGCGAACCCAGGAAAGAGGAGUAUUUUGUACACGGGACUUUCCCCCCCUUCGUCCCUAAAAAGGAGGGGGAAAUGUCAUAUUUUUAAAAGCGAUAUUUUUAAAAUCGAGGAUUACGAAUAGGCUUAGGCGCCUAUCUCUGAGGAUAUAUAUUUUAAUACGUUAAAAAAUAUGGCCGAGAACGUUCUGGAGUCUGGCCCGCCUUCAGCCAAGAGGCCUAAACUGUCCUCCCCGGCGCUAUCUGCCUCAGCCAGCGAUGGAAACGAUUUUGGCUCGUUUUUUGACCUGGAGCAUGACCUUCCAGAUGAGCUGAUCAGUUCCUCGGAGCUGAAUCUAGCAAAUGGAGGGGACCUCGGCCAGUUGCAUGGCAAUUUGGGUAGUGGGGGCGGGGCCAUUGGAGGAGUUGUGUCCAGUGGCCAGGAUGCAGCGGCCAAACACAAGCAACUCUCAGAACUCCUCCGGCAUGGAUCCACAUCUGCAGCACAGCAGCAGGGUGCGAUGGGUAGCCCAGCAGGAGCCUCAAUGGGGCUAUUUGGGAGUAUGAAAGCUUCUCCAGGUACUCAGAGCAUGGGCCCGCAAGGGCAGCAGCAUCUUUCCAUGCAGCAGGCCACGCUAAUGCAACAACAACAGAUGGCAGGGAUGGUGGGCAACAUGAACAGGAAUAUGCUCGGAGCGCAGAAAGGCAAUGGACAGCAACAGCCAGGAGGACCCGUGCCUCAGCAGCAAAACAUGCUGGGAGCGCAGAUGUUGAACGGAUCGCCCAGAAUAGGACAUCACAACCCGGGGAUGGGCAGCAGCAGUAGUAACUUGCUAGCCGAGGCUCUUCAGCAGCAGCAGACAGUAGGAGGUCAGGGUGGACUGAGGGCACAGCAGCCUGGAGCAAUGAACAAGAUGGGGAUGAAUGCAGGUUCAGGACCCUAUGGAGGCCCGUAUGGUCAGCCUGCCAGUCAGGGUCUGGGUGUUGCAGGGCUGGCCUCUCAGCUCCAGAACAAACCAGGUCUCCCCAACAGUCCGGCCCAGUUUAACCUCGACAAGAAGCCUGUGCAGGGCUUACCUGGCAUGCAGGCUUCCCAGCCUUCCCCUGGAGGUGCUGCCGGAGGCGCAGGAGUGGCUGGCAUGGUGCCUAACGCCCAAGGAACUCUCGGGCCCGGAUCAGCUCCAUCAGCCGUGUCUGCAACUGCGGUGGGAGGAGCUCCUCCAGCGGCCGACCCAGAAAAGCGCAAACUCAUACAGCAGCAGCUGGUGCUUUUGCUCCAUGCCCACAAGUGCCAGCGGAGGGAGCAGGCCAAUGGGGAAGUACGGCAGUGUAGCCUGCCCCAUUGUCGCACCAUGAAGAACGUCCUCAACCACAUGACGCACUGCCAGGCUGGCAAAUCUUGCCAAGUGGCGCACUGUGCCUCAUCCAGACAGAUAAUCUCUCACUGGAAGAACUGCACGCGGCAUGACUGUCCUGUAUGUCUACCACUGAAAAACGCAGGGGACAAGAGGAAUCAACAGAGUGAGUCUCUCCUAGGCACUGGGGGUGUGGGAUUGAGUUCUUCUUUGGGUAAUAUAACUGGUGGUCCACCCAGUGCCCCCCAUCUCAAUACCCCAGGGCAGAUAGACCCCAGCUCCAUUGAGAGGGCUUACGCAGCGCUGGGCCUUACAUACCAGGGAAAUCAGGCUUCCCCUCAGCCUGUCCAACAAACACAACGGGCAAUAAACACAAUGGGAGCAAAUUCCAUGGGAGUAAAUGGAGCAGUGGGUGGUCAGUCUCAGAAUCAGCAAGCUAACCUUCUCCAGGAUACAAUGUUGCAUCUGAACAUGAGCUCCCAGAGUCUGAUGAAUGACAAUGCUGUGGGCGGUUUGGGGUCUAUGCCUGUGGCCAACCCAGCUGCCAGUGGCAGCAUGAGGAAGAACUGGCACGAGGACAUCACCCAGGAUCUACGCAACCACUUGGUGCACAAACUAGUCCAGGCCAUUUUUCCCACUCCAGACCCAGCUGCACUGAAGGACCGGCGGAUGGAGAAUCUAGUGGCCUAUGCGCGUAAAGUUGAGGGGGAUAUGUAUGAGUCCGCUAACAGCAGGGCAGAGUAUUAUCACCUGCUGGCAGAGAAGAUUUAUAAGAUCCAGAAGGAACUGGAAGAGAAGCGAAGGACACGGUUACAGAAGCAGGGCAUGAUGCCUACUCAGCCUGGUAUGCCCCCCACUGGGAUUGGUCAGACAGGGCCACCCACAGGACUGCCUACUAAUGGCCCUCUCUCGGAUCCUUCAGUGGUGCGGCCUAGUGGUCCAAACCAGUUGAUGAACAGGAUGCAGAAUGCUGCUGGCAUGAAUCCCUUUGGGAACCAUAUGGGAAUGCAGUCUAUGGGCCAGAGAUCUACACCUCCUCUUCCACUCAGCGCACCUCUUAACCAGGGAAGCAUGGGCAGUGUGAGGAUGCCACAGCCAAAUGUUGCACAGAUGCAAAAUCAGUACAUGCAAACUGGACAGUUUCAAGGUUCAAAUCCUGUUCUUGGUGCUGGAUCUGUUGACAUGGCACACCCAGGAAAUGACAGCACUGUCACUCAACAGGGGCAAAUGCCUACUUUAUCAUCUUUACCAAUCGGCAGUCCUUUAGCCCAGCCUGGGUCUGCUGGAGGGGCAGGCAGCGGGUCUUCAGUGGGCUCUCUGGGCCCCAACAGUAUGAGUGCAGUCCCUCCAUCGUCCACCCCAACACAGACCACCAACCACUGCCCACUCUUCCACCAGAAUUCUCCUUCCCCAGCUCAUAGCCGCACACCCACACCCACGCCGGGCUCCCAGACACCCCAGCCUCACACACCCAGCCUACCCCAGUUAGCAACGAGCGGCAGUCAGCAGCAGUUACCUCUGUCCGCCAGUUCUGACAGUGCCAUGCAGCCUCAGCAGCAGCCAUUAGGAGGAACUUCUCCUGCUGUGUCUCAUAGUGGCCUCUCUACGCCAAAUGCCAACCAGCAUCCCCGCACUCCAUUGUCUCAUAAGGGUUCUCUACCAAUGGAUGGCCAGGCUGCUACCCCUGCCUCCGUCAGCAGUGUGGACACAUCAUUUCAACAGGGUCCUUCAGAUUCCGCAACCACCCUUGAGCCUAAGGUGGAGGUCAAGCAGAAAGUAGAAGAGGAUGAGGAUGAGGAUGAGAAUGAGGAUGAGGAUGAAGAUGAAGAAGACAUGGCAGGAGGAAAAACAGGCAAACAUGAAGACAUUAAAGCUGAGGAAAAGCCUGAGAUAAAGAAAGAGGAGCCGAGUGACGGUGUGCCAAUGGAGACUUCUUCAGCUGCAGCUGGGGAGGACAAAAAGCCAGAGAUAAAGCCUGAGCCUAAAGAAGAGGAGGAAGGUUCAGGGUCUACAGCAACCCACAGUUCACCUUCUGGAGUCCCUAACAAAAAGAAAAUUUUUAAACCAGAGGAGCUGAGGCAGGCCCUGAUGCCCACACUGGAGUCUCUUUACCGCCAGGACCCUGAGUCUCUGCCCUUCCGCCAGCCUGUGGACCCUUCAUUACUGGGAAUACCAGACUAUUUUGACAUUGUGAAGAAUCCCAUGGACUUGUCUACUAUCAAACGGAAGCUAGACACAGGCCAGUACCAAGAACCAUGGCAAUACGUGGAUGACAUCUGGCUCAUGUUCAACAACGCCUGGCUGUACAACCGCAAGACGUCACGGGUCUACAAGUACUGCUCCAAGCUGGCGGAGGGGUUUGAACAGGAGAUCGACCCGGUCAUGCAGAGCCUUGGCUACUGUUGUGGGAGAAAGUUUGAGUUUUCUCCCCAAACUCUGUGCUGCUAUGGGAAGCAGCUAUGCACUAUACCAAGAGAUGCUGCUUACUUUAGUUAUCAGAACAGUUCACCAAAAUAUGGGCUUCUUGCUGACAGGUAUCACUUCUGUGAGAAGUGUUUCAAUGAGAUCCAGGGUGAGAGCGUGUCCUUGGGAGAUGACCCAUCCCAACCUCAAACAUCUAUCAACAAGGAUCAGUUUGAAAGGAAGAAAAAUGACAUGCUCGACCCUGAGCUAUUUGUGGAAUGUAUGGAUUGUGGCCGUAAGAUGCAUCAGAUCUGUGUUUUGCACAAUGACACUAUAUGGCCAUCAGGCUUUGUGUGUGAUGGCUGUUUGAAGAAGUCCAACAAGACCCGUAAAGAGAACAAAUAUGCUGCUAAAAGGCUUCCACAGACCAAACUAGGCAACUAUUUGGAAACGCGGGUUAAUGACUUUCUGAAGCGUCAGAAUCAUCCAGAAACUGGUGAAGUCACUAUUCGUGUUGUUCAUGUCUCAGACAAAGUGGUGGAAGUCAAACCAGGCAUGAAGUCUAGGUUUGUGGAUAGUGGAGAGAUGGCAGAGUCUUUCCCAUACAGAACGAAAGCUUUAUUUGCAUUUGAGGAAGUUGAUGGUGUUGAUGUCUGUUUUUUUGGGAUGCAUGUGCAAGAGUAUGGCUCAGAUUGUCCACCCCCUAAUCAAAGACGUGUUUACAUAUCCUACCUGGACAGUGUCCACUUCUUUCAGCCACGUUAUCUGAGAACAAGCGUGUACUAUGAGAUUAUUUUAGGAUAUCUGGACUAUGCCAAAAAACAAGGGUUUACCACGGGACACAUCUGGGCCUGCCCUCCUAGUGAAGGAGAUGAUUACAUCUUCCACUGUCACCCUCCAGACCAGAAGAUACCCAAGCCGAAGCGGCUGCAGGAGUGGUAUAGGAAGAUGCUGGAUAAAUCUGUAGCAGAGCGCAUCGUGCAUGACUACAAGGACAUCUUCAAACAGGCAACAGAGGAUCGCCUCACCAGCGCCAAAGAACUGCCCUAUUUUGAGGGUGAUUUCUGGCCCAAUGUGCUUGAAGAGAGUAUCAAAGAACUAGAGCAAGAAGAGGAGGAAAGGAAGAGGGAGGAGAACAGCACAUCCAAUGAGAGUGUUGAUACAACAAAAGGUGACAGCAAAAAUGCCAAGAAAAAGAACAACAAGAAGACGAGCAAGAACAAGAGCAGCUUAAGCCGAGCCAACAAAAAGAAGCCGGGCAUGCCAAAUGUGUCCAAUGACCUUUCACAGAAACUCUAUGCCACAAUGGAAAAGCACAAAGAGGUGUUCUUUGUUAUCCGAUUGAUUGCGGCACCCAAUUCCAAUUCUCUCCUGCCCAUUGUUGACCCGGAUCCUUUGAUGGCGUGUGAUUUGAUGGAUGGUCGUGAUGCCUUCUUAACACUUGCACGGGAUAAGCACCUGGAGUUUUCUUCAUUGCGGCGCUCCAAAUGGAGCACCAUGUGCAUGUUGGUGGAACUGCAUAACCAGAGCCAGGACCGCUUUGUCUAUACCUGCAAUGAGUGCAAGCACCAUGUUGAAACUCGCUUCCAUUGCACUGUUUGUGAGGACUAUGAUCUCUGCAUCACUUGCUACAAUACAAAAGGUCACGAGCACAAGAUGGAAAAACUGGGCUUGGGGUUGGAUGACGAAAGCGGCAACCAGGCUGCUUCCUCAAUGCAGAAUCCUGGAGACUCACGGCGUCUCAGUAUUCAGCGGUGCAUCCAGUCUCUGGUGCAUGCCUGCCAGUGCCGCAAUGCCAACUGCUCACUUCCAUCUUGCCAGAAAAUGAAACGUGUAAUUCAACAUACCAAAGGCUGCAAGCGUAAAACCAAUGGUGGUUGUCCUAUCUGCAAGCAGCUCAUCGCACUCUGUUGUUACCAUGCAAAACACUGCCAAGAGAAUAAGUGCCCUGUGCCAUUCUGCCUCAACAUCAAGCAGAAACUGCGGCAACAACAGCUCCAGCACAGGCUACAGCAGGCCCAGAUGCUGCGUAGAAGAAUGGCCAGCAUGCAAAGGACAGGCCAGCAGCUUCCAGGAGGCAAUGGUGGGCUGCCAUCUCCUGGGAACAAUAGUACUACUGGCCCGAGCACACCAACACCAAGCACUCAGCCCCCUACCCCACAGACGCCCACUCAGCAAUGUCAGCCUCCAGUGACUCAACCUGGCAUUGGAGGUGUUCCAUCACAACAGCAACAGCAGUUGGCAGGGAUGGCCCAUCAAUACCAGCAAAUGACUGGAAGUGGUGGGAUGAUCAACUCCCCACAGCAGCCCCUGAUCCCACAGCAGCAGCAACAGCCAACAUCCGUUCAGCAUUUUCAGCAUGCCAACAAUCUUCCUCCAUAUGUGCAAAGACCUCCAGGCUCCUCUCCACUUCCUCAGUCAAUGGGAAAGCCAGGCAUGGUGCCAGGAGGCUUCCCUCAACAGCAACAGUCAAACCUAGGGCAGUCUGUGAUGCAGCAACAUCAGCCACCUGGCCCCCCACCUGCUGCUGUAGAAAUUGCCAUGAAGAUUCAACGAGUCGCUGAGACUCAACGGCAAAUGGCUCAGCAAAAGAUACUGCAAAGAAACCAGGCUCCUGGAAUGAUGCCUCCACAUGGCCUUCAUCAGGGUCCCCAAACUCAAAGCCAGAUGGUCAUGAACCAUCCUGGAGCUGCAAUGGGUGGGCCUCAGGGAAUGCCACCCCAGACACAAGCAGCAGUUGCUCGAACUCACAUGGAUCAGCAGCAGGGAAUGAUUACAGCAGGCAUGCAGCAGCAGCAGACAGGACCUCAGGCUCAGCUCUCUCAAGUCCAGUUACAGCAGGGCCAGCAAGGAGCACCCCAACUUCAGGUGCCACCACAGCAGCAGUGGAACGGUCCCGGUAUGCCUCAGCAGAGAACUGGGGUUAUGAACCAAAUGGGUCUCCAAGGAAUGGUUGCACCUCAACAACAGCAGCAGCAGACAGUUAGUCAGCAGCAGCAGCAGCAGCAGCAGCAAGGGCAUUCUGGUUUAAUGGGUAUGAUGGGCCAAGGAGGGGCUGCACCUGUAGGUACUGGCCCUGGAAAUCACCCUCAGGCUGCCAUACAGGACCUCCUAAGAACCUUAAGGUUACCUAGCUCUCCCCAUCAACAACAGCAAGUCCUGAAUAUACUACGUUCAAACCCUCAGCUCAUGGCAACCUUUAUCAGGCAACGGGUUCCUAGGUACCUUGGUCGAGGUGGGCCUGGAGCAGGAGGUGGGGGUGUACAAGGAGGACCUGGUGGAGGUCCAGGAAUCAUUGAUGGCCAGCAAAUGAAUGUAAAUCCCGGGACAAAUCAAGGAGGUAUGCAUAUGGCACAAGGAACUACCAUGCCAAUGAAUCAGCUUCAGCAACAGCAGCAGCAGCAACUUCAACAGCGGUCAAUGAUGGGUGGAAAUUUGCAGCAACAACAGCAAAUAGCAGCACUGCAGCAGCAACAACAGCAGCAGCAAGGUGUUAUGCCCAAUCAGGGUGCCAACAUGUCUAACAUCUCCCCCCAGUUCAGAGAAAUUAUGAGGCGGCAUUUGCAGCAGCAACAGCAGCAGCAGCAACAGCAACAGCAGCAGCAGCAGCAGCAGCAGCAACAACAUAUGGAAAACCAUGCUCAGUUCCAGCAUCCUCAACCACCCCAGCAGCAGGGUUAUCUUGGGCAAUCUGGACUGCCCCCACAGCAGCCUGGCCAACCUCAGCCUGGUGGUCUCCAGCAGCAACAGGGAGCUCCCCAGCAAAACUACUCUGGGUCUAUGUCCCAUCAGCAGGUUGCAGCAGCUCUGCAACAAAGGUUGCAACACCACCAACUUCAGAUGCAGCAGCAGCAACAGCAACAGCAACAACAACAACAACAGCAGCAGCAGGGUGCUCUGGCAGGACUCCAGGGUGCUGAUGGAGGUCCUGGAGGUGGUGGUCCCCUCCAGCAGCAACAGAUGCAGUCGGCUCAAAUUGGUUCCCAAUCUCAAGUCAUGCUUCAGCAAGCUUUGCAGCAACGGCUCCUCCAGCAACAACAGUCACACUUAGGAGGCGGAUCUCCUGCUCAACACAAUCCCAUGAGCCCUCAGCAGCCCCAGCAACAGAUGUCCCAGUCUCCCCAUUUGCAGGGCCAGCAGUUGCCCAAUUCUCUAAGUAACCAAGUCCGCUCACCCCAGCCUUCGCCUCGGCCUCAGUCCCAGCCGCCAAACUCUAGUCCAUCUCCUCGCUUGCAGCCCCAGCCUUCACCCCAUCGCAUCUCGCCGCAGACCCAGACGGGUUCUCCUCAUCCAGGUCAUCUUCCUCAGCAUCACGGGGGCAUGGUUGCACCACCACAUCCACAGCAACAACCGCAGGUGUCCCAACAGCAGCAACAGGCUAAUGCAAUGGACCAGGGCCCUUUUGGAGGAGACCAGAGUGCCAUGCUUUCACAGCUAGGUGGGAUGGGAGCCUUGCAUGGGCAAGGGACAAAUGAUAUGCUGACAAAUAAUCAAGAUAUGGGGUCGAAUAUGAAUCCCUCGUUAGAUUUGAUGUAAUGUUGCAGUGCUCAAAGAACUGUCCUGAUUGCCAGGGUUUGGUAGCAAUUCUAGGAUUUACAAAGGCUGUCAUCGAUAGUAUUAUUAUUACUAUUAUUAUUAUUUAAUAUUUUUCUUAUGUAAUUGAAAAGAACUGAACUUCCUAUGGGAGAUACUACAUGUGCAAGACGACAAAUUAAAUUAAAUGAAUGGUAAGUUAUUGCUGUUAAUAUAUAAAUACAUAUAAAUAUAUUUUUUGCCAAUUGUGUUCAAAGGGUUUUGGGUUAAGGGAUGGGAAAUAUUUCCUCUUGGUAUAUGACCAGAAAUAUUUUUGGGGUUAAGAAGUCUGCCUUUUUUAUAGAUAUUUUUUAAGAUUUUAAAAGUGGCAUGAAAUUAAAAAGCAAAAUGCGUAAACAAAAUGGACUAUUUUGUUUUCUUUUUCCUUGAAACAGUCAAGAAUGUCAUCAGUUUUGGAGAGUAUUAGAUUUAUUCUCACCAGUGUAAUGAUUAUGAAAAUGAUGGCAUUGGUAAUAACUUAUUUAUUACUCGGCUCUUUUGGUUGGCUAAUAAAUAUUUUCUUGUUCUUUUGUUUUGGACUGUGUAUGGCAUAUGAUAUUUGAACCUACAAUUUUUGAAGAGUAUAUUUUUGUUAUUGAUAAAACCUGACUAUAAAAGGAUGAAUUUAUAUUCUUAUUCUGCUUUAUUUUUCCUUUUUUAAAUUUUAUUUCUAUUUUUUUUUUUUUUUUUUUUUUUUUUGAGGGGUGGAUGGGGCUUAAUUUAAGUUUUGAUAGUGUUUGGUAAAUGAGUAUGUGUUUUCUGAUGGCUUGUUGCAUGGGAAAUAUUUGUCCGAUGCAUGUCGCAGUUUUCCCACCCUCAUACACCCCUGUCCCAUGAAUGUGUUUUCACUAUGCCCUUCUUCUCAGUACUGGAACCUGGUGACACUACAGGUGUGAUUAGGACAGUGCAGGGAACUCUACUGAGACUAAAUGUUGAUGCAGGAUUUUGGAUUUUGCAAAUAAUCACCUGGAACUACAUCUUUGAUUCCAAGUCCUUCUCUUUCCUCUCACAUCUCCCCAGCAAGGAUUCGUUCUGACUUUUCACACGCAUCUCUAGUGUUCUGAACUUUGGGAUUUAAGUGAUCUCCUUAAUGUAUAAACAAAAACUGAUAAUAAAUUACUGAAAAUGAGUUGUCUUUGUAAAAAAAAAUAUAUAUGUAUGUGAAUGGAGAUAAAUGGACAGAUGUUUCCUCUUGAUUUAAGAUCCUUUGAGUUGAAGAAAUAUGGGCAGCUUAGACUUUACCUGAGAGAUUUUUAUACACGUGGAGUGAGUCAGAGAAGCACCAAUGCACCUUUGUAUGUGUACUUCAUUACAAGGAUUUCAUUAGUGUGUAAUAAACCAACACUGACUGUCAUUAUCUCCAUCCUGUGCACAAAUACAGUUCGGAAGAGAGUGUUUUAAAAAGCGGAUGGUGUUUUUGAUGAUAUGACAAUAACAUAUAAUGAAUUGUUUUCCUUGGUAAAAGGGGUGCUGGAUGAAUACAAAACAGAGGCAAUAUGGCUUUUGACUUAUUUUAUAAAUUACAAGGAGAACAAUAUUUGUCAUAGAUAUAUAGAUAUAUUUAAUUUUAUUUUUGAGAAUAAAAGACUUCAAGAGUUGAUAUUGAAUUACACUUUUUCAAAGAUGUAUUGAUGCAACAUGACACUGCUGUCAUAACAUAUACGUCCCACUUUGGGAAUAAUGAGAAAUAUCAUGACAUUUGAAGGAAAUGUCUUAUGAGUGCAUAUA